AUGUUCGCGACCGUUAAUCCUACAACGCUACCUACGCCGGGAAUUGGAGGGCAUGGAUACUCUGCAAAGUCGUUUGCGAUGCAGAUUCCGAAGGGCUUUCGUAUUUUCAAACAUCCGACCAUGACUUCCUUUCCAUACGCUUCAGCCACUGCCAAGUUCGAUGUCGGGUAUCGGCCGUCAACCUUCUCCAUGGGAGGCGAUGCACGACCGAACCCCGCGUGGUCAUCUCAGCGGCAGGAUGUAGACGCCAGAAUGUUUUCUACAGGAUUUUAUAACCAUAUACAACCCUCCAUCGCUACCGCAAGUUUAUCGUCUAAUAUGCGAACUUAUGACACUCGUAGUGGCAACACGCUACCCUAUUAUCCUAUUUAUCAAGAUCCCACCAAAGACACGUAUAUAUACGAGCGCUCAGAUACUUAUUCCCUUUCCGAAAUCGACACCCCACCAGCCGCUUCCUCCGCCUUCUCCCCCGCCCUUUCCACAGAUAGCACCACCUCAGUUAAAAGUUCAGAGCUUCCCGAUCGUUCCCUAAGUAGGAGUAGUCAGCGGGCCGUUGGGCCGUCUGGCGGGUCUGCUUCUUCCAAUCCGUCUGCUAUACAACGACAGCCCUCUUCGAGUGCGACGUCGACGUCGAAUGCGCUUUCGAUUGUCCGUGUCGCCUCGUCUCGAGGAUCAUCACAGCCGGAGUCAACCAUUAUUAGUUCGCACUCGUCGGCAUCCUCAGCGAAUGAGAGGCCAAGAACGCCAAACUAUCUCUCGCAGCCUGCCAUGCGCCCAACCGGUCAGCCGCUAGGUAAUCAAUACACGAAUGGGUUCCAAGCCGCCCCGCAAAUGGCUCGCGUUCAGAGCAACUCUUGGAAGGAUUAUGUCGAAGAGAGUAUGCUGGAUCAGUCUUCGGAGACGGCGAGGUUGAAUGCAACGUUGAAUGCGAGGGCGUCAGCGAGAGCAUCCAUGCUCUAUGCUCAGGAUGAAUUGCCAGAGGAUCACACCGACUAUCAAUCGAUACCUCAAGUUCCACUGCCUCCCGAUGAUGUUGGACAGUACGCCCCGGUGAUGUCGUCUUCCCCCGAUUCUUACUUUCCUCAUGCUGCGGACAUGGGGUCUCGACGCACCAGCCCCGUUUCUCCAAAUCAACCCAGACAGCAGCCUCGCCGUACUUCACCACAACAAACCCACGUUUCACCCACGGGGUCUCUCGUUCCGUAUCAACCUUCAGCCGAUCGACUUUCUCAAGAGGACGAACCCUUCAUUCCCCCACUGUCAUACGACAACGCCGCUUCAUACAUCACCGCAGACCCAGGGCUCCGAGCGUCUGCGGCGAGCUUACCAGGAGGUGCGCAAUAUUCCCGCAAUCCAGCACCUUCUACGUCAUCAGUGAGCAGUGGAUCAUCGAGCGGAAGCGGACGAAUGUCGUCGUUCCCCGCGCAGCCCCCCAUGCCUGUUGGGCAAACGGGGUCGAAUUUUUUCCCACAGAAUGAUCAGCAGAGGUACUCCCAGAACCUCGCCUCGGGGUAUAAUAACGUUCAGCAGUCCACUUUCAGACCUGAACAAGAACGUCCCCUUCCCGUGCCGCCAACCGUCGCUCCCAUUCCUGAGCGAGGCUUUGCGUUCCCUCAGAGCGCCUCUAGUUCCCACAGGUCAAGAUCCAGGACGCCUUCUGUCUCCCCUCCUCCCGUCGUUCCACCAGAGGGAGGUCGUGUAAGAAAAGACUCUAUUGCCGUCGAAACGGUGCGUUUGAUGAAGAAAAAGGAACGCCCCCCUUCGACGUCUCCGCCAUUGGACGAGCAGAGUAGGCGAAGGCCAGGGCCUGGAAGCAAUCCAGCUAUGCCCUUGUCCACGAACCUUUCUCAAGCAGCUGCUUCCGCUGCUGCUGGAGUCGUGUCACAGCAGCCCCUAGUGCGAUCGCCAACAAACCCUCCGCCCACCUGGCCCUCCAACGGGAUUUCUUUCCAGGUCACUGGAAUCCCACCUCCCACCACGCAGCCUACUGGCGACGCCUCCGCUCGGCAGAUGGCAAACACCCUAGUUCCCACCGGGACUCAAGCUUCACGUCGACCUCUCCCAGGUCCUCGCAGGAUGAACUCAGACCCUGUCCCGCCCUCCGCACCACGCAUACCGCCACCUCCACGAAGGAAUACCGGCGGAGAGCAACUCCUACAACCAGACGCAGACAAGUGUGUUCUGGCCCGUCUCCGGGUGAGAUGGAACGAAACCUUGAUUUGUCCAUCGCCUAUCAAACCAGGUGAUCGACGGAAGGGAUGGUUUAACCGAAGAGGCGACCAACUCUGGACGAAUGAUGGUUCGUAUAAGCCCGCUUCUCCUGGAGAGGAAUAUCCAGUCGAUCUGGAUUCUUAUCCUGAAUACGGCAUUGGAUGGAUGAAUGAAAGCGGUAUAAGAAUUGACAUGGAGCAUCGAUUGAUCCCCAAGGCACCCUUGCGUUCAGCCCUCAAACAGACACAGCCUCAAGUCUGA